UUCUCACUCUACGCAAUGGCUUGCCUGAACAUCCAGAAAGCGAUUGCAGCAGUUGUCCCGAGAGGGUAUGUCUCUUUCGCUCCCGCGUUGGCAGCCCGUACAACAAUACGAAGGCGGGAAUCUUCUCCAAUGUUUCAUUGCUCUCCGGUGGCAUAUAGUAGAAGUGGCUACGGAUUUGCUGAAGUUGUCAUUGCUCCAGUACUGAAAAUUCAACAUCGUUUCGCUUCUUCGGUAACACAUUCAGUUUCCAAGAUGUCCGGUAAUGCAAAAAUGCUGCAAGAGAACUUGUGGGAUCAAGAUCCCGAGCUAAUGGAUUUGAUACGUAAGGAAAAGAAACGUCAAACGCGUGGUCUCGAGAUGAUUGCCAGUGAAAAUUUUACAUCACUUUCCGUGCUGCAGUGUCUAAGUUCUUGCCUGCACAACAAAUAUUCCGAAGGACUUCCAGGACAAAGAUACUACGGAGGGAAUGAAUUUAUCGAUGAAAUCGAGCUAUUGGCUCAAAAACGUGCGCUUGAGGCCUAUCGUCUUGACCCGGAACAAUGGGGAUGUAAUGUUCAACCUUAUUCCGGCUCCCCGGCGAACUUUGCAGUUUACACUGCUCUAAUCGAACCACAUGGCCGUAUCAUGGGAUUGGACCUUCCAGAUGGUGGUCAUUUGACACACGGCUUCAUGACGCAGACGAAAAAAAUAUCUGCUACUUCGAUUUUUUUCGAGAGCAUGCCGUACAAAGUCGAUCCCGUGACUGGUUUGAUUGACUACGACAAGAUGGAGGAAACGGCUAAACUGUUCAAGCCGAAGGUUAUCAUCGCCGGUAUAUCUUGUUAUUCGCGUUGUUUAGACUACAAGCGAUUCCGGGCCAUAGCUGAUCAGAAUGGAGCAUAUUUGUUCGCUGAUAUGGCGCAUAUAUCGGGACUUGUCGCUGCCGGCGUGAUACCCUCGCCGUUUGAAUACGCGGACGUAGUCAGUACUACGACGCAUAAGACACUUCGUGGUCCACGAGCCGGUAUCAUCUUUUUCCGUAAAGGCAUACGUACCGUAAAGCCAAACGGUGAUAAAGUGAUGUACGAUCUAGAAUCACGUGUCAAUCAGGCUGUCUUUCCCGGAUUGCAGGGUGGUCCACACAACCACGCGAUAGCUGGAAUUGCUACAUGCAUGUUGCAGGCAAAAUCACCUGAAUUCCGUGCAUAUCAAGAACAAGUGAUAAAGAAUGCGCGUGCUUUGUGCGCAGGGCUACUUGAAAAGGGAUACUCUGUUGCUACUGGUGGGACUGACGUGCACUUGGUUUUAGUGGAUCUAAGACCCGUUGGUAUAACAGGUGCUCGUGCUGAAUACAUUCUAGAGGAAAUUUCAAUAGCGUGCAACAAAAAUACUGUCCCUGGCGACAAAUCAGCUCUUAAUCCGUCAGGCAUACGUCUCGGUACACCAGCCCUUACCACUCGUGGCUUAUUGGAGAAGGAUAUGCAGCAGGUCGUGAAUUUUAUCGAUCGAGGAUUGCAGCUGUCGAAAGAGAUCACCACCGUUUCAGGUCCAAAGUUGGCCGACUUUAAGCGCGUCAUCCACGAGGAUGCAGGUAUCAAUGUUAAGGUGCAAACCCUUCGUAAGGAAGUUGAGCAAUAUAGUGAACAGUUCCCUCUUCCAGGAUAUGAUGAAUUUUAAAGGACGAAUAAAUGAUACUUGAGCAUAUGCAACCAAAUCCA